AUGGUGAGGAGGCGAUCUUUCCUUUUUAGGAUGUUGGGAAUUUUCCGGCGGUUGGGCGAUCGGGAGGGGAUUUCAAUGCUGACUGAUUUUUAAAAAUAAAUUGCCGCAGUCUGCGCUGUUUAAUUUCCACUCCUUUCUCACGGUUGUGCUGCUGGUGAUAUGCACCUGCACCUUCGUCAAGAUGCAGUUCCCAACCUUUCUGGAGCACAGAACUGGGUAUCUACUUAUCGAUGCUUCCUUGAUUAAUUCAAUCUCUUUUUCGGUUAAAUCCUUGCUUCGUAUUCUUUUUCUAUGAAAAUUUUAGCAAAUGGUUUUUCUAAAAGGGAUUAGAUCAUUUUGGGGAAACGUCUGUCGUCCCCUUCAAUGAUUUUUUUUCGAACGAUAAGAUAGCUGAUAUCUCCUCCUGGUUUUACUGUCGUUUAUUCGCAAUUCUGUUUUCAAUCCUGGGUCAAUAAGUAGGUGUCCGUCUCCUAAGCGCUUCUUUAUUUCACAGACUAAUGCCUUGGCCUACAGAUCUUAAACACUUGCGUAAGUGUUAAUUACUGGUACCUUUAUUUAUGGGAUAAGGGGCUUGACACUCAGUAAAAAAACUGUCACUAACGGAGUUCUCCCUGAAAUUAAGUCUCAUAAUUUGAUCAAUUACUUAUGUUUGGUGGACACUGGAAAAUAUGACUAGGAGGAAUCUUAUGUAAUCUCUAGAUGGAAUCAAUGCAAGCUCAUUUAUAAACUUGCAUGCUCAAAUCUGUGGUGAGAUGGAAUUAGUGCAAGCUCAUCUAUAUACUUUCAUGCUCUAAUGCAUGGUGAUAUGGCUGCAAAGAGCUCACCCUUGGAAUGUCUCUCAAGUCCCAAAAAAUCGUGGGAAACUCUUGGUUAGCAUCCAGCUAUAGAAUCGGUUUCAUUGCAACGUAUGUGCUUCAUUCUGUAGAAUUUUUUUUUCUUUCUGUAUGAUGAGUUUAAGAAACGGCAGGGAUCUGUACAUCUAUCAAGAAAAAAGUUUACCAUCUUUAAUUACUGGAUAUGUUGGGCUCCAAAUCUCGGUUCUUCACCCCUAGAUGAGCGGAUCCUAGAUCUUUAUGAUCUUCCCUGUUCUAUUCUAAAGCUCCAGUUUUAACCAAAAUGGGAAAUGAUCAUUGGAGCCGCAGUAAAUGCAUGCUGCAAUUCAGUGCCCGCUUUCUCAUGCCAGCGUGUGUGUGUGUGUGUUUACAUCGACGGAGCAUUGAAACUGCUUUUGUUUAUGCUAGAGAGAAGACAUCACUGGGUAUUCUGGAGGGGAUAUUUGUGUCUUCAAUGAGGUUAAAAUUACUUGUCCUAUCUAGAACUGAUUCGAGGAAGAGUCAUGAGAUGUGUUUUGAGUUUGUCCAUCAGAUCUUGGGUCGGGGCAAGAUCUGAUUUCUUUAGAAGCAACCGUAGAAGGACCUUGCAAAGCUCAUGUUCCUACGCUGGAUCAUAUAUUUCCCAAAAAUGUCGGAGAAGGGGAGAAGAGAAGAAGCUUCUGUCUUCAUCUUCAAUCAAAAUCAAAACGUUUCUUCUUAAACCCUUUUGUAUCAAUUUGACGAAGAAGAAUCUUCCGGUUCCACUGUGUCGUUAUUUGGGCCUGAGGAAACCAGGUUCAUGAGCCCCAAAAACGAAAAGCACCCUGGAAAAGUGAAAGAGUUUUCAUUCCUAGGUGAUUAUAUUUCCUUCUUUUAUGAUUUGCCCAUCAUAUAAACCAUGUCUGUUAGGGAAAUUUAUUUCUUGAAAUAUUUAUUUCUAUGACUCACUAUGAUAACUUUAUAUUCACCAAUGUUCUAUAAAAAUAUACGAAAGCACCAGCCCUUACACAUCAUGGACUACUUCAACUGGGGCCACCAGGAGAGACUAAAUUGAAGAGAGUUUCCUGAUUUAGUAACAUUCCUACUGCAUUAUGAUAGAAGGCUACAAGAUUUUACCUUUUCUUUUUUGGAUUAUACGGAGCAUUAAUCCUCACAGAGCCUGCAACCUUGACAGAUUCCGUGGGUUCUUCUGGAAGGCUGCAAGAAUUGGUGCUUCCCUCAUCACUAAACAAAAACUUUAUUUAUUUAUUUACCAGUUAUUUUGCUAUCUGCUUCAGCAUCUGAGUUGUUUCUGAUGGGUACUUGAUCAGGUGAACGGUUGAGCCCCUGGGUUGCCCUGGGAUGCUUCGCAAUGGGCAUAUCCUUCAUAAUACUCUGA